CGGGGGCGGUGCGCGGGACGGGCGCGAGGCCUGCAUAGGAAGGCGGGCGGCGGGGCUACGGCUUGUUGUUGCUGAUGCAGCCGGAGUGGAGGCGCCGCUGCCGUGGCCCGGGCCCAGGUUGAGGCAAAGCGCAGCAGGGAGCCGCCGCCAGAAUGAAGCGAGGAAGGAAAAACAGUGGGGCCAACCAUAGUUGUUCAGAAGAGGAGAUUGGAAAAGAAUCCAAGAAACAGAAGACUACAAGCAAAGAAUCCACUGAAAUAUCUCAAAGUCCUGAUUGGGCUAACUUGCUUCAAGACAUUAUUCUGCAGGUGUUUCAGUACCUUCCUCUUCUUGAUCGUGCUCAUGCAUCACAGGUCUGCCGAAGCUGGAAUCAAGUGUUUCAUAUGCCUGAUCUCUGGAGAUGUUUUGAAUUUGAACUGAAUCAGCCAGCUACAUCUUACUUGAGGGCUACACAUCCUGAGCUCAUCAAGCAGAUUAUUAAAAGGCAUUCCAAUCAUCUACAGUAUGUUAGCUUCAAGGUGGACAGCAGCAAGGAAUCAGCAGAAGCAGCUUGUGAUAUUUUAUCGCAACUUGUGAAUUGCUCUCUCAAAACACUUGGGCUAAUUUCAACUGCUCGACCAAGCUUUUUGGAUUUACCAAAGUCGCACUUUAUUUCUGCACUGACAGUGGUGUUUGUAAACUCCAAAUCCCUCUCAUCACUUAAGAUAGAUGAUACACCUGUAGAUGACCCAUCCCUUAAAGUAUUAGUGGCUAACAACAGUGAUACACUCAGAUUGUUAAAAAUGAGCAGCUGUCCUCAUGUUUCUCCUGCAGGUAUCCUUUGUGUUGCUGACCAGUGUCAUGGCUUACGUGAGUUGGCACUGAACUACCAUCUGUUAAGUGACGAGCUUCUACUUGCUUUGUCGUCUGAGAAACAUGUCAGAUUAGAACAUUUACGCAUUGAUGUGGUCAGUGAGAAUCCUGGACAGACUCAAUUCCACACCAUUCAAAAGAGCAGCUGGGACGCUUUUAUCAAGCAUUCUCCCAAAGUAAAUUUAGUAAUGUACUUUUUCUUGUAUGAAGAGGAGUUUGACCCAUUCUUUCGUUAUGAAACACCUGUCACUCACCUGUACUUUGGGAGGUCAGUAAGCAAAGAUGUACUUGGUCGUGUUGGAAUGACAUGUCCUCGAUUGGUUGAACUGGUUGUGUGUGCCAAUGGAUUACGGCCACUAGAUGAAGAGCUGAUUCGUAUUGCAGAACGCUGUAAGAAUCUGUCAGCAGUUGGCCUAGGGGAGUGUGAAGUCUCUUGCAGUGCCUUUGUUGAGUUUGUGAAGAUGUGUGGUGGUCGCCUCUCUCAGCUCUCUAUAAUGGAGGAAGUCCUGAUUCCUGAUCAGAAGUACAGCUUGGAGCAGAUUCACUGGGAAGUGUCAAAGCAUCUUGGUAGAGUCUGGUUUCCAGACAUGAUGCCCACAUGGUGAAGUCCUCAAAAGACUUAAGAGCAUGUGAAAUAGCACCUUAAAUAUGAGCAUACCAUAUUGCAACUUACUGUAUAAGCUUAUUUAAUAAUAUAGUUUAACUGUAACGUCACUGCAUUAUAUAUUUUUUUAAAUGAUGUCCUAUUUAACACUUGUUUUUGAAAUCCAGAUUUAAGCAUAGAAAAUGUGGAUCGGAAACAGAUUUUUGUCCAAAUAAAAGCGGUCUCUAUUUUAGAUUUGCUUUUAUGCCAUUGAUAGUGACCCUGAAUUUAUGUACAAAAUAACACUAUUUAAAAAUAUUGAAAUAUUUAAAAACUCUAGUUGUGAAAUAUCAAUCAUGAAUAAGAAUAUUUUGUCCCUUCUUGGUUUAGAUAAAUAUUGAAUGUAAUUGAAGUUGAUUUACAAAGGGAGAAGAGACUGCUUGCUUUAUUGCAGAUUAUAGCAGUUACCUACAAUGUUCAAAUUGUGACAGCUGUCUAGACUACAAAAUGUUAAGAUUCUAUGGAGCAUUUGGUAAUCUGUGUAAUUUAUACAUUACAAUGUAAUAACGAUAAGAGGCAAGAGCAAUACAUAGUAGUAUAGUUUAUACAUAUUAAAUUUGCUAACUUUAUUUGUUCCUCAAAAUAAGUUAGUGUGCAAAGUAGUAGUGAUGAGGGUUAUCAAAAGCAUUUUUUUCUCUAUGCAGUUUUUUAAUGUAAACUUCACAUUUUAGGGUCUUCAGAUCCAUAUGUAAACCUGUUUUAAGGUAUUAAAUAUAGCUCAGGAAGCCAACACAUUCUGCAAGAAAACAUUGAUAAUACUCUCUUUUAGAUAAUGGUUGGAAUAAAUGGGCUUUAUUUAAACGUUUGCAGGAUUUGAUCAGAUGGAAUUCUGUAUGUGUCUAGACCAAUGGGAAGCUAAAAAUGUUGGAGAGAAAUGUUGACUAUAAUAAUGGCCGUUAAGAGAAUAAUGGGGACCCAUUUGACAGAAUAUUUGAAGACCCAUUAACUGCUUAAAAUGUUAAGAGAAAAAUAGCUUUGUAACUAACAGUUGCCUAAACUUUAAACUGAUUGCUAUUCUGUAAAUCUGCCUUUGGAAAUGUUUAUGUAUGAAGUGAAUGUUUGAUAGCUAUCCAUUUUUGUACACCUUUUAUUUCAACUAGUUACAGAGCAUUUCAUAAUACUUAAAAUUCUAAAAGAGCAGCAGAAUUGUGUGAACUAAGCAACCAGUAAUAGAGAGCAAUAUACAGAAAUUAAGAGGAAAUUUGGCAAAAUUAAAUGAUAAAUAAUAUCUAUCAAAGAAAAUAUUAGUUUAUAUGAAUUUUGCUGGUGGCUAACUUCAUUUUUUAAUUGUACAGCCAACUAUAGUAGUAAAUAGAUUUUCUUCUAAUUUCAUUGAUGGUCAUCGUACUCAAGGGUAAACUAAUACAUUUAUAAUAUGAGUGUAUUUAAGUUCAUAAUUAUAUUUUUGAGUAAACAUUGCUCAGCGGACCAUCUUUAAAAAGAAAGCUGUAUGUUUCUGUAGAGCUUUGGUUUAAAAAUCCCACUUUAUUGAAUAGGCAGUUUUUGUAUUAGAAUUUGUUAAAUUUAAUGUAGUAGUAUAAUUUGCUUUCAUCUGUACAAAGAUGUCAAUACAUUUAGUCUCUGUAAAAGAAAUAUACUAAGUUUGUUGAUUUUUAA